CAUAAAAUUAUGGAGAAGGGCGAUUGAUUUAUAAAUAGCAAGUUUUGAUGGUAAAUGCCUCAAAAAGGAAAGAAUUCGGGUACAAAUUCUAAGCGAUUCCAGCUUCCAUCUACCGUGGGGCGUGCAAAUCUCAGUCCACUAUUCAGUCUGGAUUCAGCGAUUUCCCGAUCUCUUUUCCUCCGGCUACUUAUCUCUGCCGGUAGAGAAUAUUGGUGCUUGUGGCUCGUCUACUCUUUUGUUUCUGCUGAGGUAUUCUAGGUUUGCCGUGAUGGCAAGUCGCGUCGGUGGUUUACGCGGAGGUAGGGUGGUGGGGGACUACAUGAUCGGCCGGCAGAUUGGUUCGGGAUCUUUCUCGGUUGUAUGGCUAGCGCGGCACCGUGUUACCGGUUUGGAGGUGGCGGUGAAAGAGAUCAUCAUGGAUAAGUUCGAAAAGAAGGUGCAAAAAAGCCUCCGUUCCGAGAUCGAAAUCCUCAAGCGCACUAAACACCCCAACAUCAUUGCAUUGCUCGAAAUGAUUGAGGCUUCUGAUAGGAUUUUUCUUAUAUUGGAAUACUGUAAAGGUGGUGACCUAGCGGUGUAUUUACAUAAACAAGGAAAGGUUUCAGAAACAACAGCAAAACACUUUAUGCAACAACUAGCUAGCGGCUUGUAUUGUCUCUAUGAAAAUAAUUUUGUUCAUCGGGAUUUGAAACCUCAGAAUCUCCUCCUUUCAGCAUCCAAUGAAAAUUCUGUGCUGAAAAUUGCAGAUUUCGGCUUUGCAAGGCUUUUGGAACCUCGUGUUCUAGCUGAAACUUUAUGUGGUUCUCCUCUAUACAUGGCUCCAGAAAUAAUGCACUAUCAAAAAUAUGAUGCAAAGGCAGAUCUCUGGAGCGUUGGUGCAAUUUUAUUUCAGCUAGUCACCGGAAAGACUCCUUUUACUGGUAGCACUCAAGUGCAGCUGCUGGAAAAUAUAUAUAAAUCGAAGGAGGUGCAUUUCCCUCCAGAAAAUAAUCUGAGCCAUGACUGCAUUGAUUUAUGCAAGAAGUUGCUACGCCGAAAUCCAGUGGAGCGUAUAACUUUUGAGGAGUUCUUCAACCACCCAUUUCUUUCACGACAGAAGUCAAAUGAAUUAACGAUCCAGAGUGUAUCUGUUGCAUUAGCCGAUUUUGGCCAUAGAUCCGCAGGAAGAAGUAAUCAAGCUUGCUUGCUUUUCCCUUUAGAUGAUGAGUCUGCAGAGAGUCAUGGAAGCCUGUUGACAGCUGCGAAUGGCAGCCCUGUUAUACCCACUUAUGGAUUUAACGUGGGAGUCUAUAAAUGUCCUACUAAUUCCUCCAAAUUCAGUGCUUCCACAGAACCUAGCUCCACCAACAAAAUGGAAACGUCUUAUGGACAUGAUUCCUGUGAACUCCCAAGCCAAAAUACGACGGGAACACGUCCGGGUGCCAUAGAUGCUAAACAGGAUCCCAAAAUUGUGGAUUCACUAGACUUGGUUGAUCAAGAGUAUGUCAUUGUGUCUAGAUCUCCCUUAGAGAUGUCAUCUUCUUUAUUAAGCUUCUCUGAGUUGCACAACUCUACCUGCAAAUCAGAUUACUCUCUGGCAGCAUCUAGAAAUAGUGCAUUAAGUACACCAAUGCCGAUAUUCGGAGUUCCCAUCAAUAAGAACCACACUAUGGGUAGCCUGGAAAGUCACAGCUAUCCACAAGAAGGAUCCAUGGAUUUGGGGGAUACUAUCGAACAACCAUCAGCUCAAUGCAUUACAAGGAUUAGAUUGUUGCAAAAAUGCACUUCUGUAAUGACCGAGUUGCUGAAGGACGAGCUUGAAAAUGGUAGGCGGUUGGAAGCAUUCUCUAUUCAGUUAUUAAUCCUAGCAAUUCUGAAGGAAAGCCUCCACAUCUGUCACACACAAGCCGUCGUUGCUGCAGAUGAAAGUCCAUCUGAGACCACUAAAUUCCCCCAAACCAGUAAAGCUUCUUCAUCUGGUAGCACAAAUUGUUUUAGCAGCAGUGAUCCUCCAUUGCCAUAUUCUGUUUCGUCCGAGAUCGAGAAAGAAUUUCUUAUUUCAGUUGAGCGUGCAGAGGAACUUGCUAAGGACGUGGGACAAGUAGACGAAGCUACAUAUAUGCCUGAUGCUAUUGAGCUGAUAUUCGAAUCUGCACUUGCUUUUGGAAGGCGUGGUGCUGUUGAUGAGAUGAAAAACAUGGAAAGCGCCGAGGGCUGGUACUCGAAGGCCGUGAGUUUACUUCAUUUUCUUCUUGUUGAAGCACCAUCCCUCGCCCUCAACCCGCCGGUAUGUCUCACGCACUCAGAUCGACAACGUCUACGUACGUACAUAUACGCCCUCAGCACGAGGAACAGCAGAUACCGCUUACAGCGAAUGACCCCUUAGAAAGUGUUUAUAGAACUUGGUUCGUUCCAUGACAUGCUUUUCUAGGUUGGAGAAAACUAUUCUUGUAUUAUAUUUCAUUAUUUUCUUACAUGUACAGCAGUAAUUCAUUUGCAGCUAAGGUAUUUGAGGAGGGUGCGAUUUAAGGAAGGUUGGUUCGGUUUAAUUCUGUAAGGUGUGAUGGAGCUUAUUCUGUAUUUCUGUUCCACCUUUAUUCGAACCAAAAUGUAUUCAAAUUAUAUGCUAACGAUUAACGAAUUCGUGAAUGUAAAGUCAG